UUCUUACUUCACUGUUGGCGUGACCUAAGAACAGUUGAGUAAUCCCGAGCUUAUAAUGGGAGGAGGCGGAAGGUGUAGAAGGAGGUCUGAGGGUUCCGAGUGAAAGAGAGAUUCAGUGCGAGGCAGAGAAUGGAGAGCUCGUCCCCUUCCGUGCCAUUUCCGCUGCUGCAGACUCCAGUCGAAUCUAAUUACAGAGCUUGUACCAUUCCCUACCGGUUCCCUUCGGAUAAUCCCCGGAAGGCAACGGAUGUUGAGAUACAAUGGAUCGAUGUCUUCUUGAACUCUGUACCGUCCUUCAGGCAACGGGCUGAAAAUGAUACUACUGUCAUAGAUGCAGCGGAGAAAGCCGAGAAGUUUGCUCAAAGAUAUACUGAAAUUCUUGAGGACUUGAAGAAAAAUCCUGAGAGUCAUGGCGGGCCACCAGAUGGAAUUCUUCUUUGCAGGCUUCGGGAGAUUGUACUUAGAGAAUUGGGUUUUAGGGAUAUAUUUAAGAAAGUCAAGGAUGAAGAGAAUGCCAAAGCUAUUUCACUUUUUGAAGGUGUUGUAAAGCUGAAUGAUCAUAUUGAAGAUGAGGGGAAACGUGUCGAAAAUUUGGUUCGAGGAAUAUUGGCCGGCAAUAUUUUUGAUUUAGGGUCUGCACAGCUUGCAGAGGUUUUUGCAAGGGAUGGCAUGUCCUUUCUGGCAAGUUGUCAGAAUCUUCUCUCAAGACCCUGGGUUAUUGAUGACCUGGAUACUUUUAAAGGCAAAUGGCUCAACAAGUCAUGGAAAAAGGCUAUUAUUUUUGUUGAUAAUUCUGGGGCAGAUAUUAUUUUGGGGAUAUUGCCCUUUGCGAGAGAAUUACUUCGGCGUGGUACACAGGUUGUUUUAGCUGCUAAUGAGCUUCCUUCAAUCAACGAUGUAACUUAUCUAGAAUUACAUAAUAUUAUUUCAAAGCUGAAGGACGAAAAAGGGUACCUUGCUGGUGUAGAUAUGUCUGGUCUGCUAGUUGCAAAUUCUGGAAAUGAUUUACCGGUUAUUGAUCUUACAAAUGUAUCACCAGAGCUGGCAUAUCUGGCUGCUGAUGCUGAUCUGGUUCUGUUGGAGGGAAUGGGACGGGCAAUAGAGACAAAUCUUUACGCCCAAAUGAAAUGUGAUUCAGUCAAAGUUGGAAUGGUGAAGCAUCCAGAGGUUGCUCAGUUCUUGGGAGGGAGGCUCUAUGAUUGUGUGUUUAAGUACAAUGAGGUUGUGAAUUAAUGAGAUGGGAUUCGUAGCAGUUGGAUUUUUCUUGCGGACACUUUCCACAAACUGAAAUUUUAUGCAAUAUGAUUAUUAUAAAUGGCUCAUUAUUCCACAUUUUCAAUCGGUGCAUCUUUUGCAGUCAUGUAUUUUUGGGAAUGCUUUGAUGUAUUUUUGGGAAUAGAUUAUUUUUAUCCUUUUAAGAGGGACACAGGUGUAAGCCAGAGGAUGUAUUGAUAAUAUAUAACCAUUUUCAUUUUCUUUCU